GUUGGCGCAACGCAACGCGGACUGCGCCGGAAUCCGACUUUCCCCGCGGCCACGUUGACUCCUCGCGCUCCCACGCUGUUCUGUUCGCAAACGGUAGGGGGCGCCCACAACAAAUGCCUCUGCGGCUGCUGGAGCGGUCUCCUUUCCUAGCUUCCUCCCCCAAUCCGCCCUUGGGCUUCGCUGGCGGUGGCGGCGGCGGCGGCUGGGGAAGGCAGGAAUCCCGGCCUUUGCUUGCGCGCUACUCCGGGCACCGGCUGCUGCUCGCUGAAAUGGUUAGCCAGUAGUAUGUAUGUGCAUUCUGUAUAUAUACAAGAGAGCAAUCAUUUCUGUGGAAAAUGGCAUUUUCAGUCUGAGUGUUAAAUAGGGCGGCGUACCUUGUGGAAAGGGGUCGAAUUGUAAUCUGACACUCCACAUCUCCAGCUGAACAAAAUGGCUUCCAACGGUAACGGAAAUCUCAAAGCUGACAUUGAACCAGUAGAGUCAAUAGCUUCAGACAAUGUUCCAGGAGCAACAGGCAUCAACAAUCUUGCCAGUCAGGGUGUUUCAGAACGUGGAAAGCGGUGGAGUGGGUUUAGGAAUUUCUGGAAACGCCUUUGUACUGGCCCCCAGUUAAAGAAGUUUGGUUCCUCAACUUCGUUCAGGUUUCAACAGAUCGCAAUUCAACGGGAUGAGUUCUCACGUUCGAUCCAUUCGGACAACCAUGUUAGCCAUGAGCAUUUCCAGUUUAUCAGGAGGAUUAAUUGGGAACAGCUGUGGCUGAUGGCCAAGAAUUGGAUAAAAGAGCCUAUGAAUAUGGCCCUUUUUGUUUGGAUUGCUGUCGUUGCUGUAUCUGGUGCAAUUCUCUUUCUUGUUAUGACUGGAAUGCUGAAUCGUGUUUUGCCUAGCAAAUCACAAAGAGACACCUGGUUUGAAGUGAACAACCAAAUCCUGAAUGCAUUAUUCACGCUCAUGUGCCUUUAUCAACACCCACAACGGAUCUACAACUUUGUGCUUCUUUGCCGAUGGGAGCAGAAGGACAUUUUAAGGCUUAGGAAGAUAUAUUGCAAAAAUGGAACAUAUAAACCUAAUGAGUGGAUGCACAUGAUGGUGGUCGUAAUCCUUCUUAAUUUGAACUGCUUUGCUCAGUAUGCCCUGUGUGGUCUAAACCUAGGGUACCGCAGAUCUCAACGGCCUCCUAUAGGUGUUGGCCUCACUAUUUCUGUUGCAAUUGGGGCUGCAGCAUUCGCUGGUCUGUACAAUAUCAUCAGCCCUCUUGGGAAGGAUUAUGAUACAGAACAUGCAGAUAUCGAUCAAGAAGCACAAAUCGAUGUUGCCUCAACUGAGAGCGGCAGGCCAACUUCACGGGUUAAAUCAUUUGAGAGGAGAUACUCUUUCAUCCAGAGUGAUGAACGCCGUUUUGUAGAGAGAAGGCCUCAGUGGGUUGGCGGACUAAUGGAUUUCUGGGACCAGAUAUCUAUUGCGUACUUGUCACUUUUCUGCAGUUGCUGUGUCUUUGGCUGGAAUAUGCAGAGGCUUGGAUUUGGUAACAUGUAUGUCCACAUCGCAACGUUUCUGCUCUUUUGCCUGGCUCCAUUUUUUAUCUUCGUCCUGGCAGCUGGCAAUGUUGACAAUGAAUCCCUUCAAGUGGCAUUGGUGCUGACUGGACUUUUCCUGUGCUUUUUUGGUUUACUGUAUGGUGGCUUCUGGAGAAUUCAGAUGAGGAAGAGAUUCAACCUGCCAGAAAACAACUUCUGCUGCCACAACCCAGAUGCAUCAGAUUGUUUCCAGUGGUUGUUCUGCUGCUCAUGCUCACUUGCUCAGGAAGUCAGGACCGCAGAUUACUACGAUAUCACAGAGGACAGGUCACCCACAGGGCAAGUAACUGGCGAAACCCCCCGCGUAAUGAUGUCCCCAUUGCAGCGUGAAGAUGGUCUGGCCCUUUUCAAGUCAAGUCCAAGUUCGCCAUAUAGGAGCGGCAAUGCUAGUCCAUCGAUCUUUAUCCUGGAGAGCCCGUCAGCCCCACGCAGGUCAUCUGGUUCCUCGCCUCAGGGUGGUUCACCGACAAUGGGUGAUAGGGUGAUGAAGGCACCAGCUCCAUCUGUUCUUCAAAGAGAAGGUGGACCAGAUCAUGGCAAAGGGGUGAUCCAAUGAAGCAGUUACCGGUCGCAUGAGAUGUGUAUAUUUUUUUGUAAAGGAAAUACAUCCUCGGCAGAAAAUUUUCUGUGCUGUUACUCUUUCUUAUUCUCAAGAAAUGUAUAGACUGUCCAGUUCUGUUAUGCAUUUCAGCUCCGUCAUGCACGGUUGGUUUUGAUGUGAGGUGCAAUUAUUGUAUAGAUCUCUCAUUUGUUGUUCAGUAUCUGCUGGUGUGUUCAUGAUAACGGAAGUGUGCUGCUGCUGAUAGUCCGUCCAUUUGUCGCAGCAAUUUGAGCAAUGGUUGUUGUCUCA